AUGGGAAAAAAAGGCGUUAUAUGGCUGAUGAAAACGACCGAUUUCCGUUACAUACGGCGGCGCGUGAGCGCCGAGACAAGUCCCAAACUAUCGCAAAACAAAGAUGACGAUGGUCGUUAUGCAAUUCACUGGGCGGCAUCUUCCAACUGCCUAGAUAUCGUUAUCAUGCUAGCGAACCAGUCAUCCUUUGAUCCAGAUCUGCAGGAUGAAAGCGGCUGGACGCCGCUCAUGAUUGCCGCCAGCGUCCCUGAAAGUGACGACGUUAUCAGGGUGCUCCUCAAAGCUGGCGCGGAUAUCAACAAAAGGAACAACAGCGGCCAGACGGCCUUGCACUUUGUCGCCUCAAAGAUGAGCCUAGAUACCGCCAAGUUGCUCCUCGAGCACAAGGCCUCGACGCGCGUCAAGGACCGCCGCGGGCAAUACCCCCUGCACCGCGCGGCCGCCAUCGGCUCCGUCCCUAUGUGUCUCUUGCUGCUCAAGAAGCUCAGCCCCACGAACCCGCAGGACGUCGAGGGCUACACGCCACUGCACCACGCCAUCGCCGAGGGUCACGGUGACACCGCGGUGGCGCUACUCAAGGAGGGGGCCGACGCGACGAUUAAGAACGUAGAGGGCGAGCUAGCGCUCGAUUUGGCCCCGGACAAGGAGGUGCGUACGUAUAUACUACGCGGAGCCGAGCGCGAGGGUAUCGAGCUGGAGAGCCAGUGA